AUGGAGUGGAAACGUGAUCAGGAUGCCCCACGAGAGUCCCCCAACCAACUAAUCGACGGCGACGACGCGGCGGAUGCUGGCGGACAAGGUGAGUCAGAUGGACCGUUGUGCACGACGAUGUUCACCCUGGGCUUCUCAGCGACGUGAGGACAGGCACGGUGACUGCUACUCGAUCAAGUUUAUAGUGAAUGCGGGCUUCAUCAGCGUCUACCGCACUCUCUCCUCCUCCCCACCACCUGGACUCGAUGUCAAGACAGAAUCAAGAAGACCGGAUGUGGGGGAGGGUGCAGACGGAUGGCGCGGCCGGAACCGCGCCUUGGCACCCCACUCCAGACCCCCUGAUCCACACAACAAAUGA